GUGUCACAGAGAACACUGCUGUAGUGGUUCGGUCUUUUCCGCCGCCUGACAAAAGGGCAGCCGAGAAGAGCCGAGGUGUGCCGGAUUGAUCAAACGCACAGAAACACACACUGCCACGUCAGAGCCCGCUGUCUGUGUACGCAGCACACCUCGGCAUCUUCAGUGGCUUAGUGGGAAUGCAGUGGUGACCACGCUGGUAUGAUUAACAACUCAAGGGGUAGGAUAGCAGGCACAGGUUAAACAGAAGGUCCCCAGAGUGUACAGAAAGCAGGUUAGCAAACUGCGGGCGCAUAUACAACGUAAACGGGGAUCGUUAUGGGGUGUUUUUCGCUGAAUGUCGGGGUGCUGCUGUGCGUUCUGCUGCACGAGUAUGGGGUGCACGGCAUCUCAUUCUACUUGCCUCCCCGCGCGAGGAAAUGCUUGAGGGAAGAGAUCCGCAAAGACGUUUUGGUCACGGGGCAAUACGAGGUCGCAGAAGUGCAUGACGUCGUCACCAAUUUAAAGGUGACGGACAGCGCGGAGCAUACCCUAUAUAAGAAGGACAACGCCCAGAAAGGGAAGUUCACCUUCUCGACCGAUAACUUUGACGAGUUUGACAUCUGCUUUGAGAGUGUGGUCCCGACCGGCUUUGAGGGGGUCACCGAACAGCUGAUCGUUCUAAACAUCAAACACGGUACUGAAGCCAAGAACUAUGAAAACAUUGCCAAGGCAGAGAAGCUAAAGCCUCUGGAGGUGAAGCUGAGACAGAUGGAGGAUCUCUCAGAGUCCAUCGCCAAAGAGCUGAGCUACAUGAAAAGCAAUGCUGAGCACCGCAGCAACACCAAUGAGUCUACCAGUUCCCGGGUGCUGGGGUUCAGCCUCCUCUCCAUGCUGUGUCUGGUCAGCCUGGCUGUCUGGCAGGUGUUUUACCUGCGACGAUUCUUCAAGUCCAAGAGGCUGAUUGAGUGAGGAGGGGCCCUCCACGCUGCUGCCCUUACAAAAGCACACCACAGUCGAGGCAUUGCCACAUGUAGUAAUACAGAGAAAUAAGACUCCCGUUGCUCAGCCCAAGGUUCAAAUCCCCGCUCAGCCACCGACUCGCUGCGCGUGACCCUGAACAAGUCACUUAUCUGAAGGACGGAGCACAAGGAGGUUGAGAAUUAAAACCAAGGUCCUUUUGUACAUGACUCUGCAGCAGCAGUUAAUGCAUAGUUCACCUCCUAGUCUCCAA